CGGUCACGUUAAUUUCCCUAGUUAAAAAAGUUUAAAGUAAGUUCGUAGCAAAACAAAGAAAAAAGGCAGCUAAAUAAUAUGAGCGAAACGGGCUUAGCGACGCAAAAUAAUGUCACCGUGGAAAAUGUGAACUGCUUUGACAUCCUGAAAGUAUCCGUGCUCUUCGAGAGCAGCCUACUGCAGGACAAUGACGUCCAAAUGGACGCAUACUUGGCAGCCUACGAAGAAAUAAUGAAAUUCUUCCAGCUGAUGGGCAGUGUCUUCAGCUUUGUCAGCAGCGAUGUGCGCAGCAAAAUAGAUAUAUUAUACGCUCUGAGGGCAACGGAUACGGAGGAGCAGCAGCACUUUAAUUCCAUUCGUACCAUGUUGGAGUAUGAGAAGGAGGCCCAGUUGCUCAACCAGAAAGGCUAUGUGUCCGGAAGUCGCACUCUGCUACGACUUCAUCGCGGGUUGGAGUUUGUCUACGAGUUUCUCAAUCGGAUCCAAGCGAUACCCGACGACGAGAAGACCGUGGAAGUUUGCAAAGCGGCCUACGAUGACACCCUGGGAAAACAUCACUCGUUCCUCAUCCGGAAAGGGGCCCGUCUGGCCAUGUAUGCCAUGCCCACGAGGGGUGAUCUCCUGAAGAAGGUCUGCUCCAACGUCGAAGUGGCCAAGGAGAACCUGCCAACAAUGCUGGAUCACAUGCGAACGAACUAUGAUCGGACGGAACAGCUUUAUACUCUCCACGAUCUUCACAGCCUGCCUUAAAAUCUACCAAGUAUCUGGGGUGCGCAAAAGAUCUGAUAAAGUGAUAGAUUGACAAUGGUUUAUCACAAAGGCUUAACUCUUAAACGAAAAAAGUAGCUUUCAACAUGAUAUUAUACUUUUAUGAUAUAAAUCUGUAACGAAUCCCAUUGAUAUUUACCACUCUAUCAGAUCUAGGGGACUACCCCAACCUAGUUUAUAUAGCUUAAAUUGUCUGUGUUUAGUGCAACUACAAGUAUUUGUUUCCUAAAGCCUGUAAGUUUUAAUAUUGCAUUUUAAAUGGCCUGCAAUAGCUCAUAUAUCGCCUUGUCCACAGGCUGUGCAAUGUUUCCCGCAUCCCCUAUAUUUUAAGGCCAUAAAAGCUUUAGUCAUGAAUGAAAA